UUUGCAGGUUUUACUUCCUCUUUUCUCCUCAACAAACUCCAUUUACGAAUUAGUUCUAGUGUAGUCUUGCUUCAAACCGGUAAAAUUGGCACAGCGAUGGGCAGAAAAACAUAUCUUUUAGGGCUUUUGGCUCUCUUAUUUAUUAGUAGCUUAUGUGCUGCUGAGGAAGAUAAACAGAAAUCUGAAGAACCUCAGGAUGCCCCAAAAGUAGAUGAAGAUAUAGGAAAGAGCAGAGAUGCAUCCAAAACAGAUGAUGAAACAGUACAAAAGGAAGAAGAGGCAAUCAAAUUAGAUGGUUUAAAUGUUGCUCAAAUGAAAGAAAUUAGAGAAAAAGCUGAAAAACAUGAGUUUCAGGCUGAAGUUAGUCGUAUGAUGAAACUUAUUAUUAACUCUCUCUACCGAAACAAAGAGAUUUUCUUAAGAGAGCUUAUUUCCAACUCAUCUGAUGCUUUAGACAAGAUUCGCCUUCUCUCCCUCACUGACAAAUCAGCCCUUUCUGCGACAGAAGAACUGUCAAUCAAAAUCAAAGCUGACAAGGAAAACAACAUCCUUCACGUCACAGAUACUGGUAUUGGGAUGACCAAAGAGGAGCUUGUCAAGAACUUGGGAACCAUUGCCAAAUCUGGAACCAGUGAAUUCUUCAACAAGAUGCAAGAUGCUGCCACCAACUCUGAACAAGCUGCCACUGAUUUGAUUGGUCAAUUUGGUGUUGGUUUCUACUCUUCGUUCUUAGUUGCCGACCGUGUUAUUGUUACCAGUAAGCAUAAUGAUGACAAGCAGUACAUCUGGGAGUCUGAUGCUGCAUCAUUCGCUAUCACUGAAGACCCACGUGGACCAACUCUCAAGCGAGGCACAACUAUCAGCCUUCACCUCAAGGAGGAAGCAAGAGAUUACCUAGAACCUGACACCAUCCGUCAGUUGGUCAAGAAGUACAGCCAGUUCAUCAACUUCCCCAUCUACCUGUGGACCAGCAAAGUAGAAUCUGUUGAGGAACCGAUUGAGGAGGAACCUGUAGAAAAGAAAGAUGAUGAGAAGAAGGACAAAGCUGCUGAUGAAAAGAAAGAGGAAGAGAAGAAAGAGGAAGAAGAAAAGAAAGAGGAAGAAGAUAAGGAAAAGAAGGAUGAUGAUGUUGAGGUUGAGGAAGAGAGUGAUGACAAGGAGAAAAAGCCAAAGACAAAAACAGUUGAGAAGACUAUCUGGGACUGGGAACAGCUGAACACCAACAAACCUAUCUGGACCAGGAAGCCAAAGGAUGUCACUGCUGAAGAGUACAAAGAGUUCUACAAGUCAUUCACAAAGGAAUCAGAAGAUCCUCUCGGUUACACCCACUUUGUAGCAGAAGGGGAAGUCACAUUCCGUUCCAUCCUCUACAUCUCUAAGACCAGUCCAAGCAACAUGUUCUCAGAAUAUGGAAAGAAAAUGGAUGCCAUUAAAUUGUACGUCCGUCGCGUCUUCAUCACAGACAACUUUGAAGAAAUGAUGCCCAAAUACUUGAAUUUCAUCAGGGGUAUUGUUGACUCUGAUGAUCUGCCAUUGAACGUAUCUCGUGAGCAACUGCAACAGCACAAACUCUUGAAGGUUAUCAAGAAGAAGCUUGUCCGCAAGGCUCUUGACAUGAUCAAGAAGAUUUCCAAGGAGGAUUACAUUGAUAAGUUCUGGAAGGAAUACAGUACCAACAUCAAGUUGGGUGUGAUUGAAGAUCAUUCCAACCGCACACGUCUUGCCAAGCUCCUGAGAUUCCAGUCCUCCAAUUCUGAAAAAGACCUGACUAGUCUUGCCGAGUAUGUAGAAAGGAUGAAGGAGAAGCAAGAAGCUAUCUACUUCAUGGCAGGUCACUCACGCAAAGAGGUUGAGAAGUCUCCCUUCGUUGAAGCUCUACUUAAAAAGGGUUAUGAAGUGCUCUACCUCACCGAGCCUGUCGAUGAAUACUGCAUGCAGAGUCUGCCAGAGUUUGAAGGCAAGAAAUUCCAAAACGUAGCGAAAGAAGGAUUGAAGGUUGGCGAGGAUUCUGACAAAAAGAAGAAGAAGAAGGAAGAGCUUGAGAAGACUUAUGAGCCACUCUUGAAAUGGCUGAAGGAGGAUGCCCUCAAGGACCUUAUUGAGAAGGCUACUAUUUCUGAGAGAUUGGAAGAUUCUCCAUGUGCUUUGGUUGCUAGUUCCUAUGGAUGGUCUGGUAACAUGGAACGAAUUAUGAGAGCUCAAGCUUAUGCCAAGACAGAGGAUCCAAGUAGUCAAUAUUAUGCCUCCCAGAAAAAGACCUUAGAAGUUAACCCCAGGCAUCCUCUCGUCAAAGAACUCCUCAAGAGAGUUGAAGCAGACAAGACAGACAAGACGGCCAUGGAUCUGUCCAGGGUUCUGUUCGAGACUGCUACCCUUAGAUCAGGAUACUUGGUCAAGGACUCUGCUGACUUUGCUGCACGUAUCGAGCGCAUGCUUCGUCUGAGCAUGAACGUCGACCUUGAUGCUAAAGUUGAAGCUGAUGAUGACGAAGAAGAAAAAGAAGAAAAGGAAGAAGAGGUUGAUGCUGACAGCGAAGACAAAGACGCUAAAGAAGACAAGGAAGGACAAGCUGAAGACAAAGCUGCUGAAGAUGUUGAUACAAAAGAACCCAAAAGUGAAGAUGAAGUAGAGGGAGAAAAGAAGGAAGCCCCAGCUGAAGGAAAAGACGAACUAUAAGCACAAAUUUCUAAACAAAGCAAGUUUUCCAUUCAAUUAUACRUUCUAUGUGUUGAACAGACAGACAGACGGACAGAGAGACAGACAUUAUUUUGCUCAAAGGAAUUUCAACUGUCUGGCCAACCAUAGCGGGCUGCAGUUAGUUUUGUUAGAAAAUUUUUCAAUUGAAAAUAAUGCAGACGUCAAUGAAAUUGUUUUAUACGAAAAGCGAGUGCAUAAAGAAAACUAGGUUAGAACUGCAAUAUGAAGAUUAAACUUUAUUUAUAAAAAAUAUUGCUUCUUAGAAAAGUAUAUAUUUCGCACUUUUGUGCUCGGCUCUUUUUGUAAAAGUUCUGGCUUGUCUCGUGUAACAAUCAAUGAUGUAAGAACAAGACUGUGUCCACAUUCAUUGUCAUUCGAAUAGGAAUGUGUUGAAUCAAUAAAAUUUAUAGUAAAA